AUGGAAGUGAAGAAGAAACUGACGGAUUGGAGAAAAGAUUUGGAGGUAUCUAAUUGUACUCAAAUUGAAGAUAAUGGAAAAGGAAAGGUUGAUACAGAGAUAGCACCACCACCACCACCAACUAAAAGAAGGAGGACCUCUAAGGUUUGGGAGAUGUUUGAUAAGAUCAAAAGGGAAGAUGGGACAGAAUUGGCCAUAUGUAAACAUUGCAAAAAGCAGUAUCCAGGAUCAAGCAAGACAGCAGGAACCUCAAACCUAUUAAAACAUAUGGGAAAAUGUGCAGGUAGGAGAGAUGGUGAUGGAGGUAAACCUUGUGACGAAAUCAAGGAAAAAAGGAGCUACAAGAGCAUAACCAGAAGUGAUCCAUUGAGUGUGGUUGAGAAGGAUUCCUCAGAAAAUUUUGGAUCCUAUAGCAAUUUAAAGGCCAACAUACUUCACACUUAUAGAAAAGAGAAGGAAAAACUCACAAGUUUCAUUAACAACCCCUCAUCAGGUCGUUUCAAUUUAACAAUCAAUUGUUGGAGACGCACUGAUGGUAGAAAUACCAACUGUUGUUUGACCAAACACUUCAUAGACAAUGGUUGGGAACUAAAGAGCAAGGUUCUUGCUUUCAGAAGAGUGGGAUUUUCCGACAACAGGGGACUUUUCGGAACUUUCAGAAGUAUGAUAUUAGAUUGGAGGAAUCUUGACAAAAAUGUGUUCACCAUAACCGCACAAUAUACUGAGGAGGCUUAUCAGAUAGCCAGCGAGAUUAAAGGGUGGCUUCUUGAUCAAAAUUUACUUCCUUUAACUGGAACAUUGUCACAUGUUAGUUGCUUGGUGCAUAUUCUCAAUCUUCUUCUCGAGGAUGGAUCGCAGGAAGUAAACGGACUACUUUUCAAUACAAUGAAGUGCAUUUCUUAUGUCCAUAAUAAACCAGAUAGUGUUAUAAAAUUCCGAAUGGCAGUAGAUCAAGCGAGGGCGCAAGGUAGCAGUGUGACUUAUGAAGAUAUGCCUGCGAAAGGGACAUUAAUUAGCUUCCAAAAAUUUGAGGGAAUUUUCAGGUUAAGAGAAGCUUUUAAUAUGUUAAAGAUUUUCGAUCUGGAUUUUAACAGCUUAAAUAUUAACCCAGAAGAUGAGGAAUGGAUAAAGGCUACCUACAUUUACAAGCAUGUAAAAGUGUUAGAUGAAGCUGUUAAGAGCCUUUCAGGGAAACAAUCAUGCCUUACCACAAACGUUUAUUUUCCUAAGGUUUGCAACAUAUACAGGAGCCUGUGUGAAUGGGUCAAAGGUGACAAUUCAAAUGUUUCCUCGAUGGCUGGUAAGAUGAAGAAAAAAUUUGACACAUAUUGGGAAAAUUGUGGUUUGGUUUUAGCAAUAGCUAUAGUUCUUGACCCGCGGUUUAAACUUGACAUUGUGAAGCGCUGGUUCCAGGAAAUCUAUGGCCAAGAUGAUGCUGAGGAGCAGUGUGUAGGAAUCGAGUUCAAUCUUAAACAAAUUUACAAAGAAUACUCAGGCGGCGGCUCCAACAAUUUAACUGCUUAUUUUGACACGCUAGAUCCUCUGGGAAUGCCAUGGAGUACUUCUUGUUCAAACGAUGCUGAAGAUGGCAAGUCAGAAAAAUCAGAACUUGAACGAUAUUUAGAAGAGCCUAAGUUUCGUUCCGUUAAAGAUUUUGACAUACUAACUUGGUGGCGUGCCAAUACACCAAAUUUCCCAAUAUUAGCAAAGAUGGCGCGUGAUUUCUUGGCAAUCCCAGUUUCAACUGCUCAGUCGAAUCCCUCGUUCAAUGAUGAUGUUAUGAAGAUUGAUCCAACCGCCAUUGACAUAGAUCCUGAGACCACGGAAGCUUUUGUUUGUGUAAGGGAUUGGCGGCAAAGGCCUGAAAACAAGGCCUGAUAUUUCAUCACCUCUCAUCUGCUUCCAUUAGCAGAAAAAAGAAGAAGAAGAAGAAGAAUUCG